AUGGUGUGCACCAAAUGCGAGAAGAAGCUCGCAAAGGUGGCCUGUCCCGAUAAGUGGAAGGACGGAGCGAACAACACGGUGGAGUCUGGGGGCAGGAAGGUGAAUGAAAACAAGAUGCUAAGCAAGAAGCGGGGCUGGCAGCCCUACGCCGCCAAGUGCACACUGUGCAAGAACAAUCUGCAGGCGGGGUACACCUACUGCCAGGGUUGCGCCUACCGGGACGGGCUCUGCGCCAUGUGCGGCAAGAAGAUCCUGGACACGUCCAGUUACCGGCAGUCUAACAAGUGA